AUGGGUUGGUGUGACCGCGGGGUUCAAACGCUGCUGGCCACCGUGGGGGCUUUUGCUGCCUUCAGCCUGAUGGCCAUUGCCAUCGGCACGGACUACUGGCUUUAUUCGCGGGCGUACAUCUGCAACAGCACCAAUGCCACCACAGACGAGACACAGUCACAGCCCAGAACCAAGAAGGGCGAUCUCACUCACUCUGGCCUGUGGAGAAUUUGCUGUAUUGAAGGCAUCAAUCAGGGCAGCUGUUACAGAAUAAACCAUUUCCCUGAUGAUAACGACUACGACACGGACAGCUCUGAAUACCUGCUGCGGAUAGUUCGCGCCUCCAGCGUGUUCCCCAUCCUCAGCACCGUCCUGUUGAUGCUCGGUGGGCUGUGUGUCGGGGCGGGCCGAGUCUCCAACAAGUCCAACACCGUCCUCCUCGGCGCUGGCAUUCUCUUCGUCGCUGCAGGUCUGAGCAACAUAAUCGGCAUCAUCGUCUACAUCUCCAGCAAUGCGGGAGACCCCAGUGAUAAACGCGACGACGACAGGAAGUACACUUACUCCUACGGCUGGUCUUUCUACUUCGGCGCCCUCUCCUUCAUCGUGGCCGAAGCGGUGGCCGUCCUCGCCAUCAACAUCUACAUCGAGAAAAACAAGGAGGUUCGCUGGCAGGCGCGGCGCGAGUUCAUCCGCUCCCUCUCGUCCUCGUCGCCGUACUCCCGGAUACCCAGCUUUCGGUACCGCCGGCGGACAUCGCGUGCCAGCUCUCAUUCGUCGGAGGCGUCGCGGGAGAACUCGCCGGUGGCCUGUCUGAAGGGGGGGGCGUCGUCUAGUGGGCCCCUGGACGAGCUGUCCAUGUACGCCCUGGCGAGGGACAGCGUGACGGAGAGCAGAUACAGCCCCGAACACAACGGGGCUGCUGACUUCCUCCAGGUCCAUAACUGUUUCCCCAAUGAUUUAAAGGACGGGGUGAACCGCAGGACCACGCCGGUGUGA